CAGACUGUGAAUCUCAAACUGAGCUUUCUCAUCAGAUAUCCUCCACUUGAGCGGAAUGAGAGAAGUGUCUGUGGUCAGGUGACACGAGGGGAUCAUCAGAUGUUCAUGGUGGAGCAGGUUAAUGGAAGACACUGUGAUCUGCGUGUGAGCGGAGGAAGUAGGAGGACAAUGCAGGACUGGUGUUAGACUGGACCAUACCAUCAGGACAGGACAGGGGGGGAGCUCAUGCCAAAACUAUUGCACACGGUAUGAAAAUCCCACCAAGCUGAAAAAACCCAAAUAACCCAGAAAAAAAACAAUGGACACACAUGAAGUGAACAGCGUCGCUCCAAAAGAAAGCAGGAGCCACAGGAGACCGCCCUCAUAUUCUGUGGAAACACCUUACGGGUUCCAUUUGGAUCUGGAUUUCGUGAAAUAUGUCGAGGACAUCGAAAAGGGGAACACCAUCCGGAGGGUGCAGCUUCAGCGUAGGCCACGUGGACGGAAUCGAGGGAACCUGUCGAGAAAUCUCAGCUUACCCGGGUACAGCUGCAGGACCUCUCAGUGGAGCUCCACGAGCAUCCUGUUUCCCAGAACUCGUCUCGCAGACUCCCAGCAGCCGUGCCAUCCUCAAGGAGGUGACGGUGAGACGAGGGGGUUCAGGAGCCAAUCGGAGUUUCGAUUCAAAACCUUGCAGGCCUUUGACGAGCAGCCACUGGGGCCACACGUGAGACCAAACCUACUGCGAGCCUCCAGUUUACCACUAACAGUUUUACUGAGGAAAUAUUCCACUGAGGACCCAACCAGCCCCAACGGAUCUAAGGAUUUCCUCUCUCACGAAAACGGUUCCUCGGAGGAUGUCUUCCACAGCCCUGGAGGCAUCAACGGGACGUUCCAGCAGCUCAGCGCGGCUCUCCGUAGAGUUGGCGAGCUCGAAGAGGAGAUCAGGAUCAUACCAGAGCUGAAAGCACAGAUUUGUAUCUUGCAGGAGGAGCGAGAAAGGCUCCUGCACACGUUCCAGUCCAAACCUGAGGACCCUGGGGCUAUGGACUUUCCUGGAAGGGUGUUUAAAAUUAUGGAGAAGAAAACUGGAGUAAAGGAGGACUGGAUGGAUCGGGAGUACGAUCAGCUAGAGGAGAACAUCAAGGCUUCAUCCCAGCAGGUUGAUACGAUCGAGACAAUAAAUGUGGAAAAAAGUUCAGAAGCGAGUCGUGAAGAGAAGUCUCUCGGUGAAGCUUUGCAAAAGAAAGUCACGAAGCUACAGCAGAAGCUUCGUGGACUUGAGUUGGAUCUGGAAAAGACGAGAAAGCUUCUAAAGGAACAGGAACAGGAGAGUCUUCUCAAAGACAAGAGAAUUGACGAGUUGACCAAGCAACGUGCAGGAAACAUCUGGAUUCGACUGGACGACGUGAGGAUCACACAGAAGAAUUCAGGAAUGUCUGUGGAAACGUCUUCACCUGAAUCUGAUCGGAGUAAAGAUUACCAAGUGUGUUUAGAGGAAGAAUCUAAACCAGGAUCUGAAGGAGGAUCACAAGCAGACAUGAAGCAGCAUGUGAAGAAAGUCAGAGAGCUCCUACAGGAGCAGUGGGAGUGUAUCAGUAGGAACGAGGAAUUGGGAAGAGAGAUGUCCUCAGAACAUCUAUAUCCACGUGUCUGCUCCAUCCAAACACAGCUGGUGUCUUUAGUCGACCUGCUUACACUCUAUAUAUCACAAGCAGGAGAUCCACCACCAGCACCAGCACCAGCCCAGGAAUCCAUGUUGGAGGACCAUCCGUCAGUGGUGGAGACAUGGGAAAGUUCUCAACAAGGCCAUGGAAGAGACCGAUUUGUCCAUGAUGAUGAAGUUGUGGAGGGAAUCACAUGGAUAGAGGGUCCUGCUGGGGAGGAGUUAAACCAGAACAUUUCCCUGAGAAGAACUAUAGAGCUGCCAAGUUCUACACUGUCCACCAGACAGCAAGAGCUCAUAGGAGAAACCACUGCAGGGACCACACACUUGACCGAGCCUGAACAACAUCAUGUGGAGCUGGACAGGACGUGUGAAGAGAAACGUCCUGAAGAACAGACAGCUGAACUGGACAAGCAGGAUAGGAUGUGUCCAGAAGAUGAUGAAGGAGGAAGGGUUGUGGAGAUGGACUUCAUGAAGGCGUGCCACUUCUUGGAGCAGCACAUGGAUGAAGUUUCGGAACCGAAUGAUGAAAUGAGGAAAGCUCUGACCACAGUGUUCCAGCAGUGGUUCCACGUGUGUGCUGAGGAGAACUCGUGUCCUGAGAUGGUCGCUCUGUAUGUUAAUAAGGUGGCCACUGAAAACCCUGCAGUGCUGCACUUCCUGGUCAACAUGGUGGACGAUAACGGAAACACGGCCCUGCAUUACAGCGUGUCUCACUCCAACUUCAGCAUCGUCCAGCUCCUCCUGGACACGGGAGUGUGUGACGUGGACCUGAAGAACAAGAGUGGGUACACGGCAGUCAUGUUGGCGUCUCUGCAGCCGCUGGACACCGAGGCGGACAUGAAGGUGGUGGAGCAGCUGAUGGAGUUUGGGGAUGUUAACGCUCGAGCAGGUCAGGUGGGUCAGACGCCACUCCACCUGGCGGUUCGACACGGCCGAGCGUCCACGGUGAGACUCCUCCUGGCACAUGGAGCAAACGUCAACGCUCAGGACCAAGCAGGAACCACGGCCCUGAUCAGCGCCUGCGACCGAGGACACGCAGACGUCGUCCGAAUUCUGCUACAGGAUCCCGGCUGCGACGUGAACCUCACUGAUAAGGGAAGUCGCAGUGCUCUGUCUCUGGCCACACAGGCAUCACAUACGGAAAUCGCAGACCUGCUAAAAGCUCGAAGCACCAACACUAAAGUCCAAGACAAGUGUAAGAUGGCUUAGAGAUGAGAACCUGCUCUGUGGAGAACUUCAUGAACAUGUAGAACUCUGUAUGUUCCGUAGGUUCAUUCUGGAAAAGUUACAGUUGACGUAUUAUUAUAUUAUUAUUAUUAUUAUUGGUCUUGCCUGAAUAGAUUUAUGAAAAGUUAAGUUUGAGAAUGAUUAAUUAUUCGUGCUGGAUUGUUUUAUUUCCUACACUUUAUAACUGAUACAAACACUUUGCUUACGCUAAAACAGCUAUAAACACUCAUCCCUCAACAUCCUCUCCUUAUUCUUUCUCUCGAAGACAAAACAGUUACUGCUUCAACUCUGACAGCAGUGACAGUGGAGACUCCCUUCAUACAAUAUCAAAGACACGCCCCUUCCAACGAGGGGUUACUAUAGAAACGAUGUUACCUGCAUCUCCUGAACCUCCUGACUGUCUGAUCUCUCACUUCUGUAAACGAAUCAGACAGCAUGAGCUCUGUGUGUGUGUGUGUGUGUGUGUGUGUGUGUAAAGGAGCUGAAAGGAAACAGAGGCACUAUAUCUUUAACGUGUCCCUCCAGUGCACACGCUGUGACAUCGUUAAAUUCAAAACAAACAUCUCAUUAAUUGUACGCUCAGUAGAGACAUCAGCGAGACGCCAAAGAACAGAAGGUACGCAGCUUUUAUCUUCUUUAUACUAAUCCAGAGAAAAAGGGAGCGAUAGAGAGAGAGGGGGAUAUUAAAGAGAAGCUUUUUUAAAAGAAGAGAAAUUCAACUUGGAAAAAUAAAAGAAUUAAAUGAGGCUCUAAAGCAAGAAGAUUAAAGAUAAAGCAGGAAAAUAAAUACAAGAACACACUGAGACGACCGAGAAGAACGUACCGGAAUUUAUAUGCAGAAAAUUCCCCCUGACUUUAGACGAAUAAAUUACAGGCCAACAGCAUCAUCUAAAAUCUUAUGUACAUUUAUUUUUUUACACAAUCGUAUCAAAAGUAUUCGUAUCAAAACCUUUACAGUAGGUUGAGCUUCCACACAAGCAGGCUCACACACACACACACACACACACACUCCUCCACUUUUCCACAGCCUCGCUUGAUGUGGUGGAUGUUUGAUGAACAGAUGUAUCCUGCUGUUUAUAAACUGCUGAUUAAACUUAAUUAGAAAAAUUUAA